ACUUGGGCUCCCACUGGCUGGCUUUGUUCACAAAAUGUUAAUCCUUUUAGGUGCAGAUCUAUAUAAAACAUUAGGGAUUAAGGGUACACAGAAACUUCAAAUCUCAUCUGCUACCUAAGCCGCUCCAGUAUGGACGUGUGCCUGAGCUCCAAGCAGCCUGGGUGCCCCGCGGAGGCACUGCGCUCCCCGGAUGGCUUGUUAGAGCCGGAGGAGGGGGCUCUCCAGAAAGAUGGCACCGGCGGACCCCCAGGAGAUUCGAACGAGAUAGAGCAAUCUCUUCAGAGCCUCCUGAAAUUUGUUCCUACGAACUACGCCAGCUACACGCAGGAGCACUACGCGUUUGCCGGCAAGAAGAUCGUCCUCCAGGAAUCGAUAGAGAGUUACGGAGCAACGGUGUGGCCGGGGGCUACAGCUCUGUGUCAGUAUUUGGAGGAACACACAGAAGAGUUGAAUCUUCAGGAUGCCAAAGUGCUUGAAAUUGGUGCUGGACCAGGCCUUGUUUCCAUUGUGGCCAGUAUUUUAGGAGCUCAAGUCACAGCAACGGAUUUGCCUGAUGUCCUAGGAAACCUUGAGUACAAUCUUUUAAAGAACACACUGAAACGAUCUGCACAUCGGCCUGAAGUGAAAGAGCUGGUAUGGGGAGAGAGCCUGGAACUACACUUCCCCAAGGCAACCUUUUGUUAUGACUAUGUACUGGCUUCUGACGUGGUCUAUCACCAUUACUUCCUGGACAAGCUGCUCAGCACUAUGCUGUACCUCUGCCAGCCAGGGACCGUGUUGCUUUGGGCAAACAAGUUCCGAUUCAGCACUGAUUAUGAAUUUUUAGAUAAGUUCAAGCAAGUUUUCGAUACAAUACUCUUGGCUGAAUUUCCAGAGUCAUCAGUCAAACUUUUUAAAGGAACACUAAAAUGGGAGUAAAGUCAACAAAAUGCCUUUCAAAACAUCAGUGUGUCUUUUGAGCAGCGUUACAAAUUGCCCUAAUAAAAGACUUUUUUAUAAAAUUGAGGAAAAAAGACAUAAAAACAACUUGCAUAUCUAGAAUGAGUAUGACAGCAGCUUUCUAAAAUAAUCUAAGAUUAUCAGGUUGAUCUAAGUAUCUUCGAAGAAUAACAUGAAAACAUAAAAAGCAAUGUUGUUGGCUUCUAAAAGUCUCAAAUGUUUAGUAAAUUUUACAUGAAUAAAUUAAUAAACAAGUAGACUUCCCCCAUGUUAUUUCUGUUUUAAGUCUGUCAAUAUCCUUUUCUCACUUUAUGAAACUGAGCUUGACUGGGUCCUUAUAUCUUAAUUUGAAGAAUCUCCUUAAUACAACUUUAAUUAUAGCAAUGGGAGAGGAUACUGAGUGACAGAAAAGCAGCUAUAGGCUUAACAUGGAUUAUAGAGAACAGUAUGGAAGCAGUACUGGAUAAGGAAAUGGAUAUUGUCUUAUUAAAUUCAUAAGAGAAUUUACUUAACAAGUACUCACCUGUCAAUUGCUGAGAACCAUUUCCAGUUAGAUUUCUGGAUUGUUUUUUAUGAUUAAAAUUUUCAGAAAAGUAGGAAAGAAUGUAAUUUUUGUUCUGAUUAAAGAAGUCUACAAAAAUCUAAAAAAAAAAAAAUCACAAUUAUAAAAUAUUAAAAGCUUUCCUUUGAGAUAGGGAAAAAUUAAAAUUUAGAAUGCAUGAAAUAAAAGUGACACUAUUCAAGGGUGAAAUCACUGUUUAUGUAAGCCAGAGUCUGCAAACUUUCUGUGAAGGGCCAGAUAAUAAAUAUUAUAGGUUUUACAGACACAUACUUUUUCUACAUAUAUGCAUAUGUAUAUGUAGACAUAUGUGUAUAUCUGUAUAUAUUACAAUCAUUUAUAAAAAUGUAAGAACCAUUCUUAGCUCAUAGACCCUGUAAAAAACCAGGCUGUGGGUUGGAUUUGACCCUUGGAACUAUAGAUAAUCCCCAGUUGAAUUACUGGAGUUUACGAGUUUAGCAAGGUUGUGAAAUGUCAAUAUAUAAAGCUCAAUGGUAUUUAUAAAUUCUGAUCACAAAUAGUUGGAAAAUGAAAGUUAAAUAAAGAUCUUGCAAUAACAAUAUUAAAUACUUCAGAAUAAAUCUAACAAGAUAUGCAAGAAUUCUAGACAAAUUUAUAGCAAUAUUGAGACAAACUAGAGAUAACCUAAAUGGAGAGACAUCCCAAGUUUGUGCAUUGAAAGACAUUUUAAAGAUGUCAGUUUCCUCCAAAUUGAUCAACAGAUUGUGCAGCCACAUGUAAUUUUUUUUGUGGAACUUGUCAAGCUGAUUCUAAAAUUUUAUAAAAAUGAGAAAUCUAAGAAUCAAGGCACUCUUGAAGAACCUGGUGGGAAGAUUUGCUUUACAAAAAAUCAAGACGUAUUUAAAUAUCUAACAAUUUUGACAGUAAUUAGCAUUUGCUAAUACUAGCACACAUUGGCAUUUAAUACAUACCCACACACACACUGGUAUUUCUUAAACUUUAAAGCAAACUAUAAAACUAUUCAUAUAACUGUCCAUAUAUUUAAAGGUCAAAUGAGCAUCCUAGACAUAAUCCCAAAGAUUUAGUUGCCUGUUUUCUUUGAUUGAUACUGCCUAUUUAGAAUCUGAGUCUAUAAGGUAUUUGGUGGUCAAUGUGUUUAAAAGCUCAGCCCAAGCCCUUGGUAGAGCAGGACUUACACCUUCUUCUUCUUCUGUUUCCUCAUUCAAUUAUUACUAUUAUUACUAAUGUAUCUCUCCUCAUGUUCACUAUGUCAAGACCAACAAACUUUCAGAGCUUAUUUCUUAGUUGUUUAUCCCUUAAAAAUUCUCUAUUUAAAAGAGUUUUUCGGCAGAGUAGGGGAAUGAGAGGACCCCUCCUUUCCAGACUUCUCUGAUGUGGAUCCUACAGGGAAAGACAAAAGCAUGUAUUUUAAUGCUGGGCCACUGAGAGUACAGAGACUGAGUCGCUGCAGAGGGAAAGACUCCCUUAACCAAAACUAGAUGAUCUCGAGCUGCAACAGCCACACCGAAUACACUACUUAAAUUUUCUAGAUGAGGCCCAAGGGGACAAGUGGCAUGGCUUGUCAGGGUCUGAGCCAGGAUCAGAGGGCAGAGAGGUUUGAAGCUCCUGCAGCUUAAGGAACCCAGGCUGCACUUUUCCAGGACAAAGAGCAGAUGUUCUCCUGGGGAGGAGAAACCAAGGGACAGGAGUGAAAAAUGCCACGAUGGCAAAACCCCUCCCAGUGACAGUUGGGAGCUGCCUCUCUCAUCUCUGGAAUGGGGCCUUAGGACUAGUACUGAGCACACCCUCUGUGCCAUCCCUGGGGCUUCUUUAAAAAGUCCUCAUCUAGCUCUUUCAGCUGUUCCCUGAGUGCAAACACUGGCCAUCAUUACCAGGAAAUCAAACAGCCCUGAGCUUUUUAAAGUGCCAUUUUAGCCCCUGUAUGAAUCUAAUCAUACAGGAACAGCAAUGCUUUUACUGAGGACACCUUCUUCCAGAGCUCACGUGGGUCCAGCGGUCACCCAGGAGGCACAGUGGGAUCGAGAUGGAGAGCGGAGGCUGACAUGGCAGCUCUGAAGGGCUGUCCCUGUCUGGCCUCAGUGGCUGCGAGUCCCGCUCUUCCCAGGGAUCACAGUUCAAAGCAGGUCUGCCAGUCUGUGGUGUUACCUCUAAUUUCCAUAGCAGAUUUACUAAUCUGCAUUCUAAACUUGGAUCACCUGAGGACAUUAGCCCCAUGGAAGAGGGAGUAGUAAUUACAGAUGCAGUUCUGGUUACAACAGAGAGUCAGAGCCUUUAAAAAACACUUGCAAACUUUCAUGCUGUAGUGAACCUUCUGUUAUGACGCUCCA